CCUUCAGCCUUCGGAGGCUUAGGUAAACCACUCAGUGGUCAGUAAACAUAAUCAAUCGUACGUGCAAUAAAACAUUCAACAAAAUGUCUACAACAAAACGAGUUUCUUUUAAUGAACCGAAAGAGAAAAUUGGACGGUUUGAAGGUAAACAUUCUCUAGACAGUGACGAGGAAAGUGAUGAACAACAAGAGGAGGAUGAAAAUCUCUUGCAUGAAGAUGAUGUUGAGGGACAAGAGGAGGCAACUAUUGAUCACGAGGGUGAAGUAAAAAUAACACCAUUCAACCUUCGUGAAGAAAUGGAAGAAGGACAUUUUGACUCAGCAGGGAAUUAUUUUAUAAAAAAGGACAAGGAAAUAAGAGAUGCAUGGUUGGAGGGUGUUGACUGGCAAAAAAUUGAUGAGAGAGUUGUGAAAAUUGCUAAAGAUAAAGACCAAGAACAGUUUGAGGACACUCCCGAUGAUAUCAAUAAAAUAACUACGAUGAAAUCAAUUGUUGAUAUUCUUCAACCAGGGGAAACUGUUUUGAAAGCAAUAAAGAGGUUGGGUGGAAAAUCUCAAAGUGGAAGUUCAGCUUCAAGAAGAUGGAAUGCAAAGCGGAAGAAACUUGAUCAAGGACAGGUUUCGGGGGAAUGUGGUGGAACAUCUGGGGAUAAAGAACUACUUCUUAAGUUGACAGGAUUGGCUGACGAUCUCUUACAAGCUGGAGUAUUUUCUAUAUACCAAGACACUUAUGAGAAACUAAAAUAUAAAGUUAAGGAGAUGGAAAAGGAUGAAAAGGAAGAAACUGAGGAUGAUGCCCUUGAAGCUGCAUUUCAACAAGGAAGUGAAGAAACUUCCACUGCACAAGUGGAAGCAUCCAAACCAGAAAGUUUAGAUGAUGAGACAACCUGGUAUUAUAAAUGGAAGAAUGAGGGAGAUGCUGAAACUUUUGGACCAUUUGCUAGCAGUCAGAUGUUAGAGUGGGCUAAUCAGGGAUAUUUUGGGGAUGGUGUAUGGGUACAGAAGUCAACUCAGUCUGGCGAAUUUUACAACUCAAAAAGAAUAGAUUUUGAGCUUUAUACAUGAAUAAAAAAAGCAUAUUUUUACAUAGUUUAAUUCUAUGAAAUUUCAAAAAAUAUAUUUACUCUAAUCACAUUCUACCAUUGCAUUACACUGACAUACCGCUGACCCAGAUCCGCACCCAACAAUUGCUUCUUUCGUUGUAAAAUAUCAAAAUAUUAAGUGGAUGUACAAUGCCACGUGUCCACAACAUGUCUUUAUUUUGUAAAUAAAUGAAUUAAAAAGUUGUUUCAAAGA